UGAGCAGCUACUCAUACAUAACACAGAGCAAGGCACAUAAACGACUACGAGUCAAGCAGAUGACAGGAGUAAGCUCGUCGUGUGGAGCGUGUAAGUUCUUAAGAAGGAGGUGCACGGAAGAAUGUAUAUUCGCACCUUAUUUCAGUUACAAGCAAGCAGCAAACCACUUCGCAGCAGUCCAUAAGGUGUUUGGAGCCAGCAACGUGUCGAAGCUGCUGUCACAUCUGCCAGAGCAUAGCAGAAGCGACGCUGCCAUAACUGUAUCGUACGAAGCGCUGGCGCGCAUGGAGGACCCUAUUUACGGUUGCAUUGCUCAUAUCUUUGCCCUGCAGCAGCAGGUGGCUAUCCUAGAGGAGGAGAUAGAAAUGUAUGGAAAAGCAAUAGCUAACCCUGGUGGUUAUUUUAGCAGAGAAUGGGAGAAUGAAGCGACUAUGCAGACAAUGAUGGAUCCGGGAACGAGUGAUGUGAUAUCUGAAGGCUGCGUGUUGGAGAGGCUGCUUGAACAAGACUAUUAUAUCUACCAAGACAAUAAUCUGCAAUCACUAUGGACCAGGUAUGCAGCACAAGUGCACAACCUCAGUCUCAGUGGUAGGGAGAGAGGAAUUUAUGUCACCGUUCUUUUCUUGUUUUCGUAUUUUGUCCCUUAAGUCUGUAAGUUAGGAGUGUUAGCUAAAGCUCCAAUACUAUCUACUUUUCCAGGUUUUGUAUGACUCAAAUCGGAAAAGCCAAUAUCUGUAAUAUUGCUUUGAUUCAUUAACUAUAGUAAAUUAUGCAUAAGUUAAUAUUACAUAAUACAGUGUCAGUACAUAAAU